AUGAAGCGCUUCCUGGGAUCUCUGAGCAGACGCUCAAGUGAGUGUUUUACCGUCUCCGCGUUUCCCCGGGCCCGCAAAUUCGCUGACUUGUACCUUGAAGGCUCCAGCGACAGUGUCGAAUAUCGCGAAGACUCACCAGAGGCCAUUGUCCUGAAAGAAUUGACUGCCUUCUGCGAAUCAAAUACAAAUACAAAUGCGAAUGUGAAUGGCUCUUCGCGCGACGCGCAAGGAAAUGAAUUCGUCCACCUCCCUCAAAUCGUCGAAGCCGCCGAGUCAAGUCCCAAUGCCGCCAAGCAAGCGGCUCUGCGCAUUCGAAAGUAUCUCGCAGAUCCCGCGGGCACCCCGAACCAGACCCAGUACAAUGCCAUCAUGCUCAUGCGCAUCUUGGUCGAUAACCCAGGCCACACCUUCACCCGCAACUUCGAUGCCAAAUUCGUGACGACCAUUAAAGAGCUGCUGCGCACAGGACGCGACUGGCACGUGCAGAGCUAUCUCCGCCAGUAUCUGGAUACCCUCGAGCAACAGCGGUUAUGGGACGAGAAUCUCAAAUUACUACUGCAGAUGUGGUCGAAGGAAAAGAUAAAAGCCGUCCGCGGUUUGAUCGACCCUUUUCCGAUGAAUACCAUCAUCCCGCCGCAAGUCCCGCCCAGAUAUUUUCAGCAGCAACCAUACAGCCUGUCCCCCGCGCCGGCAAAUACCCUCCCCAACCCGGUAGAACUAGCGGCGCGCAUCGAAGAAGCGCGCAAUUCGGCAAAGCUGCUAACGCAGUUCGUCCAGUCUACCCCGCCAGCAGAGCUAGAAAACAACGAUCUCAUUAAGGAGUUCAUUGACCGCUGCAGGUCCAGUUCGCGCGGUAUUCAAGGAUACAUCCACUCGACCAACCCAGCUCCGGACGAGGACACUCUGUUGACGCUCAUUGAGACGAACGACGAGAUCUCUGUAGCGUUGUCGCAGCAGCAGCGUGCCAUGCUGAAGGCACGCAAAAUGAGAGGAUCCUCGUCGCCGAGCUCGUCGAAUGUGAAUAGCCCCUCGCCGACAUCACCGCCUGUGGCAACAGGACCUACGUAUUUCUCCCCUCCCGCCGGGCCGCCAGCUCGGACUACAACAUGGAGCCCCGAGCCUCGUGCUCCUGUUCCGGCACAGCUACCCUCGGUGACCAUGACUGGUAGUCGUGCGCCUGCUUCUAAUCCUGGGCCGUCUGCAACUGCCAGCCGAUAUGAAUACAAUGCUGAGGAAUUCCAGGUGCGGAAUCCUUUCGCUGAUGACUAUGCUACAAAUGACUCGGAUCAGGAGAGGCAUCGGGGACAUGGUGAUUCACAGGCCCAUAGUGAUCUCGUGCGCUCCCAGCCCACUGAGCAGCAACGCUAG